CUUCGACUCCUUAAAAUGACCACGCGGCCGCAAAUCUGUCAUCUGUCCCCUACAUCUUCCCCGGUGAAGCGACGACGCGGGAUUGCUCUCUGCCGACGAUGGGUAGGCGACGGAGGCGCGGUCCUCCAGCUAUGGGGCUAAGGACGAAUUCAUCCUACUGCUCCGGAGGGGUCAAUCACCAGUAUAGCUGCCAAACUGGGGAAUCACGGACUAAUGCUGCUGCUGUUGGAGACGCCCUCAGGCUUUGCAAUUCUAUCUUUUGAUGGGGCCCAGCUCUACCUACCAGGCGCCUUAUAAAAUAUCUGGUCAAACUUCGGAGGAGACUAUAUGGCACGAUAUAGCCGGGAGACGAGUUCGUGAACGAGGAACCUGUUGAGUACGCUUACGAGGAUCAAGCUUUCGACAACUCUGAGAACCUUGCAGAUUGUUUGGCUCAAACAAUUCAAAACCUUUGAGGACAAGUCCCGUGCCAUUAGGUUUGAUACUGGUGUUGACAGAAAACUUUCUAAGAUGAUCAUGAAGUGGCGCCGUCCUGGGCAGAUGAUAGCUGUUGGGAAACCCGAGUAUAAAACAAUAAUAGAAAGGAGCUUGGGUAUACCCUGCCUUUUUGAUGAAAUUGUGAUGGAGGUAAUGUGGGGUGUGAAGAAUAUCAUGCAUAGUUUAGUGCCUGAAGAAAAAUCAGAACUUACUUGGGAGGACCGCCUCCCCAUGAGCCAAGGACUAAAAAUGUUCUUGACUCGCAAAGGCUUUGAUGUCAAACCAGAGAUGGUUAAUGAGCGCAUUGUUUUGUCAGCAUGUGCCUUGUAUGAUUGCGAUUUUAUUGAGAAGAAACAUUACACAUCUUUGAAACGUGCUGGUGAGGACCUUAAGGAUGUGUCUGGCAUUAACGCCCAGGAUUGGAGCUUACUGAAACUUGCAACAGCUCUGAUGAUUAUAUGUUUUUCUGAAGAAGAAGUUCUAGUUGGUGAUCCGAAAGAGAUGUUUACAGUUGACGAGCUGUCGAAGUUCCAGGAUGACUCACAGAAAUACAAUGACAAGAUCUCAAAGUACCCAUGCUGGAGAAUCUACGAAGAAAUAGUGUGUGCCUAUGAAGCAAGAGCAGCAAAUAAAAUACUAUUGGCCUCCUUUUUUAAGGAGGCUACAGAAGCACAUGAAGAAGCUCAUAAGACUACCUGAAACCGCUCUUGAGGUUAUAUGUCAUUGUAGGUUGGAAACUGUAAGCAUGUUGGAUAAAUAGUACUCCCUCCGUAAAGAAAUAUAAGAGCAAUGAUGCAGACCAAUUCUUUACGGAGUGAGUAUAAUGUUUCUUCUAUCCUUGAUGCAGAUAAGUGCAUUGGUCUUAUUAUAAUAGAUGAGCGCACUGGAAGCCACUCUCAUGAGAUGAGCACUUUAGUCGGUAUUCUAAAUCUGAUGAACAGGUCACGACACUUUUACGAGCAAGCAGGUCAUGCUCCAUUUUAUGAGCAAGGUCACACGCCGGUUCGAGUUUUUUUUAGAAAUACCGUAAUAUUCAGGUUUGAGAUUUUUUUAUGUCACAUUUGAGAUGUUUAGGUGUCUUGUUGAUUAUGUUUUUAAUUUGAAAGACCCUAGCUAAUUAUUUGGAGUUGGUUUUUUAGACCCUAGGUCAAUAAGGAUUACCCUAGUGAUCUCCAAUGUAACUUCCUCAAUAUUUGUGUUGGAUGAUUUUGUACACCCUCAAUAAGUACCCUAGUAAUUUAUUUCUCUUCA